CCCGGCUCCUUAUUUCUCCAGCACUGCCUCAGCCGCCACUCACUUCAGGGUAAAACUCUGCAGCAGUAAAUCUCACACUCUGCUCCAGUCAACUCCCACACAGGGUUGGCUUUCCUUUUCAUCUUUUAAAAAAACAAGAACUCCAAACUAAAGACUAAAGCAAUCAGAGCACCAUGGAUGCCCUUAAGAAGAAGAUGCAAAUGUUGAAACUGGAAAAAGAAAAUGCAAUGGACAAAGCUGACCAGGCAGAAGUGGAAAAGAAGGCGGCGGAGGACAGGUGCUUGCAGCUGGAAGAAGAGAUCAUUAGCUUGCAGAAGAAGCAAAAAGCAACUGAAGAUGAGCUUGACAAGUGCUCUGAAUCCUUGCGAGAUACUCAUGGAAAGCUGGAAAUAGCAGAGAAGAAAGCGACUGAUGCAUCUGCAGACGAAAGUUCUUGGGUAUCCAUUGUUGGUGUAAACUUUGUGUAA